UUAUUUUUAUACGCAAGUUUGUUACAUUUCAAAUGAUCAUUUGUAUUUACGCAAAAUGAUUGCACUAGUUGGCCUCCUACUUUUGUGCACAACUGAAUCUUUCGCAGGCCUGUUCCAUGGCCUCCAACAAGCGCCGAUGGAAAAUCCCGAUUUAUUCGGUGGCGAUAUGGCCGGAAUAGAUUUCGAUGAGGAUAGAAGUGCCAUAAACAAUAAGACACGUCUAUGGCCUGGCGGCAUUGUUCCGUUUGUACAAGAUCCUGGUCUCCAAGAAACAGUUAGAUAUUUGUUUUUGAUCGACAGGGCCAUGGACCAGUACAAGAGAAGAACGUGCAUCAGAUUUGUUCCCAGAACAAAUGAGAAAGAUUACAUCAGGCUGCAUCCGGGACAAGGGUGUUAUUCUUUCGUGGGUCGAGUAGGAGGACCGCAGAUCGUCUCUCUGGGCAACGGCUGCGGAUGGCAGGGAACCAUUAUUCACGAAUUGGGCCACGCCAUUGGUUUCUACCACGAGCAGAACAGAUCAGACAGAGACGAUUAUUUAAAAAUCUACUGGGAGAACAUCAAGCCAGGGGAAGAAGCUCAGUUCUUCAAAUUACUGCCUAGUCAAAAUAUCCUUCUGACUCCGUUCGACUACGAAUCUGUAAUGCUGUACGGAUCCUUGACGUUUUCCAAGGACAAAGUCAACAGACUACGCACUAUGGAAGGCAAGGACGGACGUUACUUGAAAGACGUCACCUCCAAAAAUCUCAGCAAUGAAGACAUCAAAAGAAUUAAUAUGCUGUACGAUUGCAAAAUGUAGCUCUUGUGGUAAAGAAAAUAAACAUGCAUCUGAGUUCUGCUUUCUGA